AUGGCGCCACCGUGGCGUGCAUUGCUGCCGACUAAACAGAAUUUCAGGGCGUGGCGAGAGUUGCUUUGUGGACAGCGGGAUGUUACAAUCAGAGUGGAAUUACAGCAACCGGCGCCCGAGAUAGUGAGACCACAGAAGCCGCCGGCACAGAUUGUGGUAUCGAAUCUCACAGCAACUCAGAGGCCAAUCAGGACUUCAGCAGGGUCUGCCAGCCGACCUGCGCGGAUUGCGAAGAAGACCAAGCGACAGGCUCGGAGACCAUGGGAAAGAGCUGAGUAUCUAGCCCGCCUGGAACAACUCAUCGAUGGCGGAGACUUGGUUGAGGCAACCGAAGAGACGCGGAACGCUCUAUCUGCCCAAAUCGCCGUCAUGCUGGCAUCUCCCGAGGACGAAAUCUGCAACGAUGAGGAGAGGCUGGACUUCCUCGUCACCGAGCAACAACCAGCCGAUGCGGAGCUGCGGCAGCAAUGGUCAGCUUUACAUGGCCAAGCUGAAGAGAUCAUCGAUGCAGUCAAGCUUGACGAAGGGCGCAAUCGGCCUUCGAUCCUGCCUGAUAACUUUCGCGAUCAGCUUGAGAAGUAUGAGCACGCCAGAUCUGCUUUGCUGAAGCGGAAACGGGUAACGCCAGAUCUGGAAGGAGAAAUAGACGCCGUCAAUGCAAGGCUCUCAAUGGCUGAAGGGAAACAUAAUCAUCGGGGGUGGACGGCUACCAAUGACCAUUCGAAGCGGCUCAAGACCAGGAAGGAGAAGCUAUCACGAUCUCGGGUCGUCAUUGAUGCGUGCUGUGAGCAUGCAAACGGUGAGCUUCGUCGUUUGUGCAAGCAUCAUGCUUCUAGGGCUCUGCAAGACAUGUCGGGUGCGGCAAUCGAUGCAAAUCCAUCGGCGCAACCUUUUGUUCCACAAGAAACGGUGCCUUGGCAACGACUUCCCUUGGAGAUAACCGAAGAUUAUGCCGCCUUGAAAGAAUUGCGAUAUGAUCUCAUUGCAGCUAAUGUGAGAUAUGCAGAUCGAUGGGUCAAUGGUGACUAUGGAUACAAAGCUGCGUGGAACGAACAGCGUGCCCGGGUGGAGCUGGAGCUGGAGAGGGAGACCACAGAUCAAGAUGAGGAGGAUUUCUCUCGGCAGUGGUUUCAACAGAACAUGUCUCUGCUACGUGAGGUCCAAGAUCUGGAGACCAGGUAUAGAGAAUCCCGCGGCCGUGCCAUGCUAGCUGGCCACGAGCCCUCCAGGGAUUAUUCAUCGAUCGAAGGAGGUUGGGAUCAUCGAAGCGAUGGCCAUACUGGCUCCUUGGCCAGUGGACAUCUGCGACACAAUAAAUCGGUCAUAAACCAUGGUGGAUGGAGGAGUCGCUUCCAACCAUGGGUGGAUGCUCUAAUCCUGCCCUCGAAGGAAACAGGCAUAGCAGCUGCUCCAGCUGACGUAUGGAAUGACUGCUCGACUGUCAAGCUAGGUGAAACACGGAGUGCCCCGGAUCUUGCGCUUGGCCAGGGCGUUCUGAGCCACACGAGAGCUGGGAAGGCAAGGCUACCAUGA